GGAAGCAGCCUAAGCAAGGGGCUGGGAUUUAGGGGCCCAGGCUCCCCCAUCUCCUGGGAGCCUGAAGCAUCCUAGGCCCGGUUCCUGUACUGUGCUGUAUCCUGGAGAAGCAAUAAACUCCCUCUGUUCUACUGGCUGGCGGAGUCUGUUGGUGCCAUUACGGGGGUGCAGGAGUUGGGGGAACCCUGACGUGCCACCACACCAUGUCUGCCUUUUGUUCCAGAUGAUGCCAUCUUGCAGUACACAAGGCAGGGAAAUGGCUAUGAUGGAGCUGGCUCAGAUGCCGGUGACCUUCGAGGAGGUGGCUGUGUAUUUCACCGCGGGGCAGGGGGUCCUGCUGAGCCCCAUGCAGAGAGACCUCUACGAGGACGUCAUGCAGGAGAACUAUGAGACGGUGGCCUCGCUGGGAUUCUCCAUUUCCAAACCUGACCUGAUCAUCCAGCUGGAACGAGGGGAAGAACCGUGGGUCCCAGAUCUCCAGCCUUCCAAAGAAAUGGGGUUCCUGAGAGAGAGUCGCACAGGAUUUCUGGUCUCCAAUGCUCAUGUGAUCUCCAGGACGGAGGAGGGGGAGGAGCUGCAGAUCCUAGAUCUCCAGGACUGUGAGAGAGGAGAAAUCAUCAAUGACAACUAUACAGGUGAUGAGUUGCUGAGUGAGAACAAUGAAAAGAGUCUUCUGGCCACAUUUGGAAUAUUACUGGGAAAAUCUGAAGGGCAUUUUUCUCAGAGUCUUGAGCAGAGAGAGACAUGUGAGAGCCAGCGUAGCCCACAAAAGCAGCAAGAAAACCAUCCAGGAGAGGGACAAGAUAAAUCGAAUCACAAAAGAAGAGGGGUGAAAACAAACAAAGAAACGGUUCAUCAGAAAACCCCCUAUCAACAGUCAUCCUGCACUUCCAGUGACUGUGUAACUCUUAGUAAACGUAGAACAGCCCACAUAGGAGAAAAACCCUUCAGCUGCUCUGACUGUGGAAAAUGCUUCAGUCACAGGUCAGACCUUGUUAAACAUAGGAAAACCCACACAGGAGAGAAACCCUUCAGCUGCUCUGACUGUGGGAAAAGCUUCAGCAAGAGCUCAAAUCUUUUUACCCACAGGAGUACCCACACAGGAGAGAAACCUUUCAGUUGCUCUGACUGUGGAAAAUGCUUCAGUCACAGGUCUAAUCUUGUAAUACAUAGGAGAACCCACACAGGAGAGAGACCCUUCAGCUGCUCUGACUGUGGGAAAAGCUUCAGGCAGAGGUCACACCUUGUUAUCCAUAGGAGAACCCACACACAAGAGAAACUCUUCAUCUGCUCUGACUGUGGGAAAAACUUCAGUCAGAGGUCAUACCUUGAUAGGCAUAUGACAACCCACACAGGAGAGAAACCCUUCAGCUGCUCUGACUGUAGAAAAUGCUUCAGUCACAAGUCACACCUUGUUGUACAUAGGAGAACCCACACAGGAGAGAAGCCCUUCAGCUGCUCUGACUGUGGGAAAAGCUUCAAUCAGAGCUCAAGCCUUGUUGCGCAUAAGAAAACGCACACAGAAGAGAAACCCUUCAGCUGCUCUGACUGUGGAAAAUGUUUCAGUCACAGGGCAUACCUUGUUGCACAUAGGAAAACCCACACAGGAGAGAAACCCUUCAGCUGCUCUGACUGUGGGAAAAGCUUCAGUAAGAGUUCAAGCCUGGUUAGACAUAGGAGAACCCACACAGGAGAGAAACCUUUCAGCUGCUCUGAGUGUGGGAAAUGCUUCAGUCAUAGGUCACACCUUGUUAAACAUAGGGGAACCCAUACAGGAGAGAAACCUUUCAGCUGCUCUCACUGUGGAAAAUGCUUCAGUCAUGGGUCAUACCUAGUUAAACAUAGGAGAACCCACACAGGAGAGAAGCCCUUCAGCUGCUCUGACUGUGGGAAAAGCUUCAGUGAGAGUUCCAGGCUAGUUGCACAUCGGAGAACCCACAUGGGAGGAACCUUAUAACAGAGAUGGGAAAAAGUCCCUCAAUGGGCAGAAUCCAGCCCGCCUAGGGCUUUUACCUUGACUGGAAGGCAGUGCUGUGCUCUGCCUCCUAACUGGCAUAUGCUGCGAGGGAAGGAGCUCAGCCCCACCUCUCUUUCCACCAUGUAGCCACUGGAGAGGAGGCAGCACUGGGGCUAAGGCUGCACCACACAGACUAGCUAGAGGCACCGCUGCCACUGUGCCUCUGGCUUCCCAGACCAGCUUAUGGCCACAGUCAUAGAAUCUCAUGCUGCUGGGGCCAUGUGGCCAUGGCAGGGGUGCCUCUGGGGCCAGUUGUGGGCCGUGUGGUUGUGUCAGCAUUGCCUCCAGCCCCGGACCAUUUAGCUGCAGCAGAUAUACACCUAGGCAGUGGUACCUCUGGGACCAGUCCUGGACUGCAUAGCUGUCACAGCAGCGAAAGCUCCCUCCAGGACAUCUGGGACAGUGUGGCUGCAGAUGUUGCUGCAAGGGGGCAGGAAGCCAGGUCAUGUUCCCCCUCAUCCCCAGACCCUCCAUCCCCUCACUUCCCUCCCCACAGUAUACCCAACUUGCUCUGACACUCCCUUGUUUUUGCACCCUCUUUCCUUGCCACAUACUGCCCCUUCCCUUGUUCCUGUUCUCUCCACCUGGCCAGACACCCUACUCCCAGCCUGCUUCUGUACUCCAGCUCCCUUCCAGAUCCUGCACCCCAUCCCUAUCCUGCUUGCUGGUGGCCCUGCCUCACACACUGUAACCCUCAUUUCUGUCCCUACCCCAGAGCCUAAGGAGGUCCAUAAGAUCCACUAACUCCAGAAAGACCAGAUUUCAUUUUCUGGCAUCAGAAGUUCUUAACCUCAGUCCUCCCCCCUUUGUUUCCCCUCACCCAAGAAGGCUGGGGCAGCAGAGGAUUAAAGUCUCUCAGUUUGGGCCACAUCAGUGGGGGGUGGGGGUUGGAGGAGGUUGUUUUUCAUUUUGGUUUGGUUUUUUUGCUUCUCACUUGUGUGGUCCCCAACCAAUUUUUUCUUUGAUGGGUCAGUGACCCCAAUCUAAAAAUGGUUCUCCACUCCUGCCUGAAAUAAAUCAUUGAAACCUUUUGUGUUGGGCAUAAUGUUUUACCUUUUUUGAAAUGAAGUUUGACAAAGUAACACCAGAGAAUCAAAAUGCUUAAUCUGUUUUAUAGUGUAAAUUAAACUGAUCUCCACAGCUGCAGCACUAGCAAAGUAGCUCAGGUGUAAUUAUAUAAUUCAUGAUGAGUGUCCAUUAGCAACUGGUAGUCCAUAGAAAGGUAUGCAUCCACCUGUCGUACCUCUGUGUUCUGUAGCUCGGUACCUUCGGCGGUCUGAACUGUCAGUGUCAGCGUCAUCUGGUCAGGGUCAUCCUGGCACGCUCCUGACAGGACCUCUACUCCGUCGGUAGUGAUAAACUUUUGGCCGUGUGGCCCUUUAUCUAGAGUUAGACCCCGUGCACUUGAGUCAACACAGGAGAUCUCUGAGAGGCCCUGGAAACGACAGAUGC